UUCAGCGGGGCGCUGCGGGAGGCGCUCGCAGAGCACUACAAACAUGACUGGUUUCCAGAGAAACCCUUCAAAGGCUCUGGGUAUCGCUGCAUCCGGAUCAAUCACAAAAUGGACCCCAUUAUCAGUAAGGCAGCUAGCCAGAUCGGACUCAGCCUACCACAGCUCUACCAGCUCCUGCCCAGUGAGCUCACGCUCUGGGUGGACCCCUACGAGGUGUCUUACCGUAUCGGUGAGGAUGGCUCCAUCUGCGUCUUGUACGAAGCGACUGCAACAAAACCUGUGAGCUCCUAUGGGAUGCUCACCUGUAAGAACCAGAUGAUGUUAGGUCGCACCAGCCCUUCCAAAAACUACAUCAUGACUGUCUCCAGCUAAAUACUCCUCUUAUCCUUACACUGCCAAGACACAGGCUACUGUAUACCUCACCUGAGGAUCUAUUUUUAAGAUGAAGAGCUAUUUAUAUUUUUUAAAAAAAUCCAAGAAAAUCCAAAAUUAAAGUAUCGGGCACUGCUUUGGACAGAAGUGGUGUCUUAGGUGCCUUUUUUAAAGCUGUUACAAGCUUAUGAGUUUUUAUUGUGAAGCCAAUAUCUACCUAAUUAGUGUUGGAUGGCAAUUUUGGUGGCCUGGCUUGCUCACUCAGGCAGCUUGGAAUGGAGGAAGAAGGGGAAGAGCCAGACUGGGAAGUGUGGCUUGGUGAUGGGAGAUGGCCAUGUUACCUUCUCCUGGUCCUGGUACCCAACAGUGUUGCUGUAUUGCCAAGUAUUGCAAUGUUGUUGGAGAAGGGAUGAAGGAGGUGCUCUUUCCUUCACUAACUCCCUCACUCCCCAGGUGGUGUGAUCUCUCUCUCUGGGGCCUGGAUGUAGCAUUUGGGGGAACCUCACCUCAGGGCUCAGUGGUGCUGGGGAUCCCUCUCCUUGCUCUUGCACAUCUGUUCUGGACCUGCUGACUGUAGGUGCUGCAGCUCUGCCCUGCCCCCUCCAGCAUGAACUGGUGGGGCACAGGGCACCUCCAGCCUCUACAUCUCCUGUCUGCUGCCAGACUGAAGAGGCCACAGGGGUAUUGGUGCCCUGUGGAAAGGGGCCUGACAGAGAAGUGCUGGAGCUCAGACUAUAUGGAGAAGGUUCCCAGGAGGAGUAUUGCAGCUGCUGGGGUGGUACUGGAGUGCUGUGUCUGUUCCUGGUGCUCCCCAGUAUCUGGGCUUUGCCCACUGCUCAUGCAGCACACAGAAGGUUAUUAAAACCAUAAAAUUAGCACUAAACAGCUGUGAGCAACAGUUGUGCAUCUCUGUGGGGCUUAGACAUCCGGACCAUGACCUGUGUGUAGCCCUCUCUGUGCCCUGAGAGUGGACUCUGGCCUCUUGCUUGUACGAGUCGCCUAAUCCUAUGCUGAUGACCUGCAGUGUUGCUUCCCCAACUGAGCUGUAGCAACUCACCUUGUGCCCUAGAGGUUGGUGUAUAAGAACCCCUUUCACCUCAUCUCUUAAUCGGAAGUUUUGGGAGUAUCUUCCCACUGUGUGUGUGGCUGAUCGAAGGUUUGGACUUCUGGGUGCUUUGGUAUCAUGAAUUUUUUUUAAUUCAAACACUUCUUCCUCCCUCUCUUCCUCCCCUGAGUAAUCAGCAAGUGACUGACGGUAGGAGCUUGUGUCCGUUGAUAAAGGGGCAUCGGUUGAUUCUGAUUUCUUGGUACAUAACUGUUUUGCACAAGUAAUGCCUGAUUCUGUGCUUUGCCUGUUCAAGCAAAACUCCUCGUGGAGUUCUGGUGGUACUUGUAUUCAGGGAGACUUUGCUUGAGUGUUCAGGAUUUGGCCCUUAAACUGCUCUGGCAACUACAGAUGGGGUGGGAACGGCAAGGGCUGCCCCGAGAACUCUACCUGUUGGGGGAUGAGCCUUUACCAGGACGCUGUAUGUCCGUUGCCUUUUUAUUAACCAGCUGGUGGUACUCUAGUGUUCCUGGGAGAAGUAAUUUAAAAACCAGGGCAUUGACGUGGUUUGGUCUAAUGAAACUUUCUCAGAUCCGUUUUGCGGCAUGUAUUUUUUACCUUCCUCUUUGACCUGGCAGCUGACUGGUAUAACCAGAGUUCUUUCCCGGCCUUUGAGUCAAGUUCUGAAACAUUUGUGCAAUAUAUUUCCAAAUCUUGGGUGCUCUGGGAGAGGAAGGAAGCCUCCCAUUUGUCACAGUUCUUAGCCUGUUUAUUUUAAGUAUAUUAGAAAAUCCAGCAGAGCUUCCCAACUCUCUGAUUACGUCUCAUGUGAGAAGCUAGGUUUGGAUUUUUGUAGUUUUAAAUCGUGAACUGCUGAACUGGAAAACCAGCCUCAAUUGUUUUAUCCUUUAAAGAUGCCAAGUGGUGAGUUAUUUGUCCUUGAGCAGUAAUAGCAGACUGUAGCUCUGAAGUUGCAUCACUUCCUUCUGCAUCACUUAAGUUUCUCACAUCAGCAAAGCAGAAGCCGAAAUAAAGCACUGGGGCUUUUCCCUUGGUGAACUUGUGCAAUAGGUGACGUCGCAACGAAGGGGGUGUUUGGGAACUUCCAGAAAGUUAAUUAUGUUUUCAAGGAGGAGAGUUCCAAGUGCUGCUUGGAGUCCUUGUUUUUCACCUGGUUUUGUGGGAAGCCUGGGAUGAGACCUGUAAUGUGUCCAGGACAAACAGUGUGUGCUUGGCUGGACUGGGAGUUUCGCAAAGGCUGGUACUUCCUCGGGUUGUAAUUUGUCAUGAUCAAUGUGGUCUUUUAAGGUUUAUCCUCAUACUCUGUUCCCUCUGUCUCGCCAGAAAAAUUUGUGGACAGCCAACCCCCAACCCAAGGAAUGUUCUGUGAUUGCUCUUAAUGUACCCCCACUUUCAAAACAAACAGCCAAACCUCGUUCUUUUUGUCCCUGGCGUGGAGGAGACUAAUGUUAAAGGUGUCUUGUUUUUAAGUUUCGAAACCAACCAGACUUGGUUACAAUCCAUUUCUUUUGUAGCUGGUUACAUGUAAAAGCUGUGAAUUGGUGUGCUCUGUUGCCUUCUGCCUAUAAGCCUGAUAGACUCAAUUGCGGAGCUGAAUGGUGUGCAUUUUAAGAACGUGUAUUUUGGGGGUUUUCCCCCUCAUUUUUUAAACAAGCUGGACUGUUGAACGGGACCUGCUUUUUGUAUUUGGUGAAAAAAGUAGAAUGUUUGUAAGCUAUGUUUGGAGGAGGGAUUGGAUGGUUACUAAUUGUAUAGCAGUGUUUUUAUAUACAGAAUGUACAGAUCCUUUGACAAAGGUAUGCUUUUGUUACUUUAAUAAAAACGUAGCAGUAUAAAUGAG